ACAGGCCACUUCGCAUAUGCAAGGGAGGGGGGAGUGUGCAUUGCAUUGGCUGGCAGCCAAUUUGGGGAUAAUGAGCCUGUGCGAAUGAUAACGUCUACGCAGUUGCAAAAGCUUGUUCGUUUUUCCCUCCUCCAUUGUUUGGAGGUCAAUCAAUUCUUUUCUUCCUCUUCUUCUGCUUGAGAAAACACCAGCAGGAAUCAUGACGAUCAGGUUCCUCGUCAAUUUUGGCCUUUUGGCCCUUCCUAUCGCCAUCACUCUGGGUGUGUUGAUCGGUCUUAACAGUUCGCGUGAGGCAUCGGGUGGACCGCCUUUGUUCAAGCCAGACCCGAAACCGACAGCGCCAAAGAAGAAGAAUGGCAUUACGACAGAACAGCAUUGUCAAAAGUCUUAUGGUAUACAUCCUGACACCAAGGGCCAAGAAUACACACUCAAUCCUAAUCAGUGGGGUUGGAACGAAGGCGAUGACGGAGGUUUAUGUUUAUAUGUCGACAUUAACAACAAUGAAACGUACGCUACAAAGACAACCGCUCCUCGAUGGUCUGUAGUAUGGGAAUACCCUCAAGGCCCCGAAACCGCUCCUGUCCACGCCUUCCCCAACAUCAAAGUCGACGGCGACGUCUUCCCCGCCAAGCUCAACACCAUUGAUAAGAUCGAGAUCGACUUUGAAUGGACAUACGCUCUCGGCAACGGUUCCGCAAAGGGUGCUACGCAAGCUACAAAGACAGAUCUCUCCGCGAUGAAGAAGAACCUGCUCAACGCCAACGUCGCUAUGGAUAUGUUCAUGGACAGCGAUCAGAAGAAGUCGCAGGACAGUGCUGAUGCCUCGCACGAAAUCAUGGUGUGGUUUGCUGCCAUCGGGCCUGCGACACAACCCAUCGGCUUCGACGUUAAUGGAGCGAACCCCCUUGCGACAAAGACUCUCCAUGGCACAGAAUUCAAACUUUACUACGGUACCAAUCAGGCCAAGCAAAAGGUUCUAACGUGGUAUGUCGACGAGCCUACCGAAAAGUUUGAUGGCGAUCUCUAUCCAUUAGUCGAAGAGAUUCUCUCCAUGGAUAACGCGAAUUAUCCCACGUCGUCCUACUACAUCGGUUACAUGUCCUGGGGAACAGAGGCAUACUCGGUCAAUACGACAGUAACAUUCGACGUCCCCAGCUUGUCGAUAAACGUGGAGAAGAAGGCUUAAACUGUCGGAUGAAGCCAAAGCAUUUUCGCAUUUUGCAUAUAAACGAAUAACCUAUAGAUUAAUGAGCGGCGUUUGUGUUAAUUGAAGAUGCAUAUAUUUUUUUGUUUAUGGUCAGAUACAAUAACGCCUUGUUGUUUUGCGCGGGGUAUGCAUAUCCCUUUGGAGGCAUGGUAAAUUGCAGAGAACGCCGUGGCUUGGUUUGUGAUGGGGAGGGCUAGAGGGUGGUGUGGAAGCUAUUGUAUGCGCUAUUUGGACAAUGUUCGUAUUUCUUUGCAGGUUGUCUUGCUUCUUUUUCUUUUUCUGGUGCUGUUGGCCAUGAUCUAGUCUGUAGACGGAACGCUUCCAGGGUGAGCGGGGCUGGCUAGGGUGUGAGUGUAGUGAGGAUGUUGAUCAGUGCAUCUCAGUUUGGUGAUGAACUCUGUUCUGUAUUGUCGGGUGAACCGGGACGAGGGAUGUCUGUAUUGGGAUAUUCCCUCUCUUUAAGGUUUUGAGCAUGGUCAUCUUUGCUUCAACGAGAAUUAUCAUCAGGUAUUUGAUCAAUUGCUUGAGCAGAUGAUGACGGACUCGUAUGGAAAGACGUCCACGGCCAACACGAGAUAACAAACCAGGGUGCAGAGUUACAGGACAGACGACCCGUGCACUGCCGGCCCAGGUCCAGGGCCAGCAUCAGUGAGUGAGUGACAUGGAAACCAAGAGGGGCUGGUUCCCAGAAAUACACCCUUGCAAUUGGAUUGGUGCUCGCUCUGCCCUGCAAACCCUGCUGUCGUCAGCUGGCGUGGGAUGAACCAGAAGAAACCGCAUCAUUCUUUGGAUGCCUCAGCAUGCAAUAGCAGAACCACGUUAUAGAUCAGGAGCUUUUAAAAGCAAAAGGGGGAACUCAAUUCAACAUCGAACUGAGCUUUAGGAUUAAUGAUUAGCUUGCAUUAAAAAUUGCCCAUCAAAGUGCUUGCCCCCCUCACCAUCACCGCACUAAUAGGCGCCACUCGGUGACAUUGGAUGUUCAGGUUGCAGCGCGUGAGGUGUUGCACGCAAGACGGCAGGUCACUGAAGCAACAGUACAGAUACAGAGAGGCCAACAUGAUCCAUAUGUACAUACGGGCACACGUAUGUAUGUGAAAACUCAAAUGGAAGCUGUUAUCCCUUUCUAGCGUUUUUGCUUUGCCGAUCGAAUCAGUAAGCGGAGUGAGUGGCUAGAGUGGUCUGAUGGGAAAACACGAAGUUGAGCGGAGAGACCGUUGUCUGAAAGCUCGGGCGUAGGGCCAAACUCAUGAUGGACCUGUCGAGAAUAAAAAAUUCAACCUUCUACCGGCCUGUCCAAAAGAUGUGGCAUCUUUUUCGAGAUCCACUCCACUAUCAAGAGCCACUCCCGCGGGCUUCUCAACAUUCUUCCAACGACUUUCUUCUUCUCGAGAGUCUACUCGAGUCUAUUUCCACUUCCUCCAGCUUCUGCCACGUGAAGAUAUGUGCCAUGACACGUCAAGUAAUGCCCAAUUGGCCGGUGAUAAGGAGACAACAGCCAUCCAUGCCCUUCCAGAAGAGAACAAGGCUGGGGAGGCAAUCGUUGCAACUGUAGCAGGCCGAUGAGAUAUUUUUAACCCAAUCGUCGAUCUGGCAAGGCAAAGUUUUUCCAUUUCUCCUGAUUGAAAAAUCGCUCUUUAGUGGCUGCACUAAUUCAUCUCAACCUAACUGUCGUCAUUCACAUCCUUAUCAUUCGGCCUUGGCCCCGAAAUUAAGCAAUUGCCCAGCUGUCUUGUGUUUGCCAAGGGCGUGUGCCUCCUAUAAUCCCUGCAUUUCUCAUGCUCGCCGCUCGGUACCUGCGUCGGGAAGUUUUUCCCGUGGCGAAGAAAUUUGCGUGUCUCUAGACGGUGAAAAUUUUGAUGGGAAAAGGAGAUUGGAUUGAGAUUGAGAUCUCAAUCGUUAACUUAGGGCUGGAUCUUGGGAAGAGCUUAUCACUGUGAGAGAUGAGGCCGAUAGAGAAGUUGCAGCCUCUGGUGAUUGAGGCCAGGAUGUGCGUGAUAAGAGAGGUCAGGGUUAAUGUUAGACGAACAAGGGGUUCGUUCUUAUCAUGGCGCACUUUUGUCAACGGUCAAUCCAUCAACUCAAUCCUCAGUCAAUUGGUGCGCAUUUGCCGAUGAUGAUCACAUCGACAAACUCUUGCUUCCACAUUCUCCAUGUGAAUUGCGUUCAGUAACCAC